UUACUACUAGUUUUCCGCUCGGCCGAUGAGAACUUCCGGUGCACAGUUUUGAAUCUUCGUUGUUCGCUUUCGGUUGCUAUCCGAGACGUGGGCCCAAGCAAAUGUACUGACCAUAAUCUUCAAAGAGAGAGAAAGGGACCAUGGAUGACGAUAAUCACAGAUUAUUUCAUAGAGUUGCAGAGAAGCUGGGCUGGUCAGAGAAGGGAGGAUUGGAAACAGCAGAACAACAGCUGAUUAAGAGCAUCAGUAAGACUCUGCGUCUGGCCGUAGGCUGUCAUGCCUCCAGGGGUGCUCAAGACCUUCCUCCCCCAGUCCAGCUACAUCUGCUAGACAGUGAGGAAGAGGAUGACAGAGGCUCAGGGAAAGAGAACCAGGUCUCCAAGGGCAACAAUUACAGGACCAAGGUGUUCAUGGAGUCCAGUGACGAUGAUUUCGACCAGUUUCUUGUGGAGCAGGCUACACCCAAAACUGCUUCUCGGAAACAUUGCAGUGCUGCUAAGAAAGUCAGUGAACCAGUCCUUGUAUUAAGCUCAGACAGUGAUGACCACUUUGAAAAGUUCCUGAGCCGUGUGAAAACUCCCAAGCCUAAACUCAAGGAAGCGGAGCGUGGCAGUGUAGACAGCCUCAAAAACUUCGUUGUCGACAGCUUUUCCUCCGAUGAUGACUUUGUCGCUGAGAAGAAGAAAAAACCUACCUCUAAAGGUGCCUUUAAGACCCCUAAGCCGUCAUCCUUCCAGACCCCAGUCAGAAGACCCCUGUCCCAGUGUGACACUCCAGUUUUCCUCAGCGACAGUGAAGAAGAUGGUAUUGUGAUGAAGAGCACGUGGAGGACAUGCCACCCUGUGCACCAGCCGCCGCUGUCACAGACGCACAAAGUCAAAGUCCUACAAAGUAACCAGAAGGACAAAAUCUUCUUUACCUCUCCCAGCCCUCCUCUGCCUUCCCUCUCUCCCAGCUCUCCUCCUCUCUGCUCCUCCUUCACCCCAUCCCCGACCCCCCUUCCACGGCGGAACUACUCAGCCCCGUCGAAGGUGGAGGACUCAGCCAGCUCAGAGGAAGAGUUCCUCAGCUUACUGGACAGAAUUAAGAAGAACCACAAGACCGGCAACACCCCAACACCUAAACCCAACACGGGGCCCAAUCAGAAGCCCCCCCCGUCAGCUCCACGGCCAAAAGCCUCGAAAGAGGUGGUCCCUCGGCCGUUAGUGAGAACGCCCUUGGAUCUGAAGACCCCGGUGCGGCCGCUCGUCACCAAACCCACUGGAUCCCAGACGGAAUACACACUCAAGACCAGCAGCCUUUCCUCCUCCAGCGUGUCAGCAGCAGGGUGUCAGACUCCAGGGUGUUUCCUCCAGUCUCUGUCAGGACCAGGCUCCAGCUACAGCCGCAACUUCAAACAGACCAAGGAGGAGCUCACCAGCAGACUUUACCACCUGUACAACACCAGCGUGUUCAACAGCAAGCUGCCCAGUAACAUGUCAGUGAGCUGGAAUAAGAAGAUGAGAAAGACUGCUGGCUACUGCAUCACAGGGCAGGAGAGAGGUGGGAACCGAUACGCCCGCAUCCAACUCUCUGAGAAAGUCUGUGACUCUGCAGACCGUCUGCGUGACACGUUAGUCCAUGAGAUGUGCCACGCUGCCACCUGGUUGAUCAACAGUGUGAGGGAUGGGCACGGCCCCUUCUGGAAGCUGUACGCCCACAAGGCCACGCUGGCACACCCCGAGCUGCCCAUGGUCACCCGCUGCCACAGCUACGACAUUAACUACAAGUACCAGUACCAGUGCAGCCGCUGCAAAAACACACUCGGUCGUCACUCUAAGUCUCUGGAUACCCAGAGGUUUGUGUGUGCCCUCUGUACGGGUCCGCUGGUCCUGCUCACCCCCGCCAAGCCCCGGGCGCCCACGCCCUUCGCCAACUUUGUCAAGGAGAACUAUGGCAGUGUUCGCCAAAACCUGGUGGGUCAGAGCCACGGUGAGGUAAUGAGGAAACUCAGUGUUGACUUCGCCACCAAGACCAAACUCAGCCAGAACUGAGAGGGAGAGAGAGCGUGUGAAAGGGAUGAGGUGGAAUCAUUCUAACCUGGAUUAGACCUACAUUACUUUCUUCUCCUGGACUAUAAAGCACUCUUGAUAACUCUUGAUAAAGCACUCUUGAUAACUCUUGAUAAAGCACUCUUGAUAACUCUUGAUAAAGCACUCUUGUUCAGUAGUAUCCAUAAAACCCUCCCUGAACAUGCCUUCUUCUAUUCAUUCCUUGAAGGUUUCCACUGCUCUGAUUUGAAGCAAUGGUGGGAUCCUUCUCUUUCAUCCAUCCUAAUGUCAGAUCAGUGGGAUCCUUCUCUUUCAACCAUCCUAAUUUGUUAAAGUAGUGGGAUCCUUCUCUUUCAUCCAUCCUAAUGUGUUAGAUUAGUGGGAUCCUUCUCUUUCAACCAUCCUCAUGUGUUAGAUUAGUGGGAUCUUCAAGUUGAUAGGUCUGUCUUAAAUACCUCUGUGUAUGUAUCAGGUUUUCAGAGGCAGCUAUGGUGAGUCUGUCAUUCCUUACCUCUAACUGGAGUCUCACCGUUACAGUGAAAUGAGCCAAGAGAGACACUGAACAGUGACUAAAGGCAACGUGAAUCAGUCAUAUUGUUGUUGAGCCUGCCUGUGACAUGGAUUCAUACCAUUUAAAUAUCAUUUUGUGACCAACUGUUUACAAUUACUUGAAAUAUUAAAUCAGAAAAUUGUUCCAUGAAAUUUAAUACGGUGCAUAAAAAGCAGAUGUGGCAACUUCACAUAAUUUGUUACAUUUUGAAAGUUUGUUUUAAUGUUUUUUUCAUGUUUUGUUUUUGAAUAAAGAUUUGAUGUUUUACA